ACGGGGAAGAAGUUAGCUCAAGGUCUCAACCGAAAAAAAAAAAAAAGAUGGUGGGAGGAAGAAUGAUUGUCGAGUGGCUUCUUUUCCUCAUGGCAAUGGCUAUGGAGCCCGUGCUCACUGGAGGGGCACCUGCCGUUGAUAUCUCUAAGAUGAGGCAGUUGGCUAGGAAGAACAACGUAACAUGUAUCUUGGUGUUUGGAGACUCGAGCGUCGACCCCGGGAACAACAACAUCCUUCGUACCCCGAUGAAGGGGAACUUCCCGCCUUACGGUAUCAACUUCUUUGGGGGCCGACCCACGGGACGGUUCACCAACGGAAGACUCGCCACUGACUUCAUCGCUGAGGCACUUGGCUACACAAAGGCGAUCCCGGCAUUCCUCGACCCGGCAGUGAAGAAGUUUGACUUACGCUAUGGUGUUAGUUUCGCAUCGGCAGCCUCCGGUUAUGAUGACUUCACGGCAAAUAUCUCUAACGUGCUAUCUGUUAGGCAGCAGCUGGACUACUUCCUGCAUUACAAGAUCCAUCUGAGGGAAGCUGUGGGGAAGAAAGCGGCAAAUGAGAUCAUAAGGAACUCAAUAGUUGUGAUGAGUAUGGGCACGAAUGACUUCAUCCAGAAUUACUACCUCGACCCCACACGGUCCAAGCAGUACACCAUUGAACAGUACCUGAAUUUCUUGAUCACUCGAAUGUCACGCACCUUUCAGGUGAUGCAUAAAUUGGGACUAAGAAAACUGGUGACGGUGGGGGUCCCACCGGUAGGUUGCAUGCCAAUUGUCAAGACCAUAAUGGACACGACAUCAUGCUACGAAGAGUACAACAGAGUAUCCUCCACCUUCAAUUCUAAGAUCAAACACACGCUGGAAGCCAUAAUGGCCUCGACGGGGAUGAAGACUGCUUUUGUCGACGCAUAUGGCAUUAUUCUCAAUGCAAUCGACAACCCCAAAAGAUACGGUAUAACAGAGAUAUCGAAGGGUUGCUGCGGAACUGGAACUGUGGAGUACGGCAACUCGUGCAAAGGGAUGAGCACGUGCAAAGAUCCGUCAAAGUAUGUGUUCUGGGAUGCUGUUCAUCCCACUGAAAAGAUGUAUAAGAUCAUCGCUGACGAGGCUAUUGCCUCCCUCACUACGUAUUUCCUAUCCUAGAAAUAAACAGAAAAUUUGAAGCAGUUAAUUAUUGAAUUCCAAUUUUUCGUCCAAUUAA